GCCCUCCUUCGCGGACUGAGCCAUGGCCGGGCGAGGUCGGGUGUGGGCGCUGCUGCUGGCGCUCUGCGGCGUGUGGGGAGCCUUCUGUUUGCAAGGCUCCCAAGCCGACGAGCCUGAAGCGGCGGCGGGCGGCGGCGGCGGCGGCGGGGCGAACAGGCGGCGGCGCCUGAGCCAGGAGGACGGCAUCUCCUUCGAGUAUCACCGCUACCCUGAGCUGCGGGAAGCGCUGGUGUCGGUGUGGCUGCAGUGCCCCUCCAUCUCCCGGAUCUACAGCGUGGGCCGGAGUUUCGAGGGCAGGGAGCUGUUGGCCAUCCAGAUCUCCGACAACCCCGGCGAGCACGAACCGGGGGAGCCAGAAUUUAAAUAUGUUGGAAACAUGCAUGGAAAUGAAGCUGUUGGAAGGGAGCUUCUCAUUUUCUUGGCCCAGUACCUCUGCAAUGAAUAUCAGAAGGGAAAUGAAACAAUCAUCAACUUGAUCCAUAGCACACGCAUCCACAUCCUACCGUCUCUGAAUCCAGAUGGCUUUGAGAAGGCAGCAUCACAGCCAGGUGAACUCAAAGAUUGGUUUGUUGGCCGAAGUAAUGCACAAGGCAUAGACCUAAACCGAAAUUUUCCUGAUCUGGAUAGAAUAGUCUAUGUCAAUGAAAGAGAAGGCGGUCCAAAUAAUCACUUGCUGAAAAACAUGAAGAAAGCUGUGGAUCAGAAUCCAAAGCUUGCACCUGAAACAAAAAGUGUGAUUCACUGGAUUAUGGAUAUUCCUUUUGUGCUGUCAGCCAAUCUUCACGGUGGGGACCUUGUAGCAAAUUACCCCUAUGAUGAGACCCGCACCGGCAGUGCUCAUGAAUAUAGUCCCUGCCCAGAUGAUGCUAUUUUUCAAAGCUUAGCUCGAAGCUAUUCAUCCUUUAAUCCAGCCAUGUCUGAUUCAAACAGGCCACCGUGCCGCAAGAAUGAUGAUGAUAGCAGUUUCAUAGAUGGAACAACCAAUGGAGGUGCUUGGUACAGUGUUCCAGGAGGUAUGCAAGACUUCAACUACCUCAGCAGUAACUGCUUUGAAAUCACUGUGGAACUUAGCUGUGAAAAGUUCCCUCCUGAAGAAACUCUGAAAAAGUACUGGGAGGACAACAAGAAUUCCCUGAUCAGUUACAUUGAGCAGAUACACCGAGGGGUCAAGGGAUUUGUUAGAGAUCUCCAAGGCAAUCCCAUUGCCAAUGCCACCAUUUCUGUGGAGGGGAUAAACCAUGACAUUACAUCAGCUAAGGAUGGUGAUUACUGGAGGCUUCUUGUACCUGGAAAUUAUAAAGUGACUGCCUCAGCACCAGGUUAUCUAGCAAUAACAAAAAAAGUGGCUGUUCCCUUCAGUCCUGCCAUUAGGGUUGAUUUUGACCUGGAGUCACUGUCUGAAAGGAAAGAAGAGGAGAAGGAGGAGCUAAUGGAGUGGUGGAAGAUGAUGUCAGAAACGCUGAAUUUUUAAGCAGGCACUGUGAAUUUAUGCCUGUUAAAUCUUCUAUGUGUUGACUUAGUAUAAUGUACUGUGGAAAGUCCCUAUAAUUUAGAAUUUGUGUAGCUCGCAAUAUUUAACUUCCAGGUUUUUUGAGUAAUUUUCUAAAAAAUCAAUAAUGUGCUUGGCAUAAAAACAAAUUGCUAGACACUUUCAUACCAUAAUUCACUAUUCUGCAUAUUCAACAUGAGGGAUAACUACCCCAAAGAAUAUCUCAUCCUCUGAACUGAAAUACAAACAGUGGUGUUUCACUUAUAAAUCCAGAAUGUGAAUGUUAAGUAUGUUUUUUUAAAGUAUGGUAAUCAGCAAUGACCAGCAGCUGUUAAAAAUAUUAGACAAUGCAGGUAGACAGAUGAUGUUCUCUAAUGUCUCAUAAAGUAAUACCACUGAAAUUUAAUACAGUAAGAUUUGGUGUUGUAAGUAAUGCUUUACUACAAUUAAAGGUUGUUUAGGUCUCUGUGGAAGAGCCAUGUAAAAUAAGAAUCGUGAGUACUUGGGAUGCAUCUAUUCAUGUAGGAAUAUCCUUCAUUAUUCUUACUUCAAGCUGAGAGGAAAUAGUACAUCUUGUUUUCCUCAUUAUGUCCAAUAAUGUUCCUAAGUAACUUGGUAAUCAAAUUAAAAAUGCUGGAUGGAUAACAAAAUAAUCAAAUAGUGAGUGAGUGUUAUUAGCAGGUUUCCUGUGCUUGCACUGUAUUAUUUCUACUGUUAUGUCUGUCAGCAGCUGUGUGUGUCUCAUAGACAUAAAGUGCAUGAGAAGCCUUCUAUACACUUUACAUAAAGAACAUAUACUUAAA